CUGGAACCUCUUUUGCCAUAUUGCUACAGCAGAGAUUAUGAAACAAAGUCCUCACUUUCCUGAUGGAGUCUCAUGAUCUCCAAGGACAGUUUUCUGUGCUGUGUUCGCCUCAGAUUGUUGUCUUCAUUCUCUCACUCCUGCUGCAUUUCUGCUGAAGCAACGCCUUGUUACCUUGCUUCCAUCUGUUCAGUUCCUUCCCCCGAGGGGUUUCUUGUGGUGGAUGACAGUAAAUUUCUUUGCCUUUAGCUCCUAAUGCUCCGGUUCCUUAUCAGGAUGUAGAAUCCUUUGGGGAAAUUUAUGCUCUAGCCUCGGACAGUUCACAGAGAGCCCUGGGCUGUUGUGGGUGUCGGUGGGGCUGUGCUCUUCGAAGGAGGGAGUCUCUCUUCCAAACCCCAUUUUGAGCUGUGGUUUUGGUUUCCAUAGUGACACUUCCUGUGGUAGAGAAAAGAGGUAGUGAGUGCAGCACUGUGAGCGUGGCAGGCAGCUGCACUCCUUCUUUCUCUGCCUGCCGGGGAUGCUCAGAAGGCCGGUGCUGCGGCCUCAGGGAGGGGCUUCUCCUAGGCUGAUGGUCCUGGCUUAGACGGACUACCUGUGACAGCAGCACGAGGCAUGCUGGGAAAACCCAAAUACCUGGGCGUCCAAAAUGGCCGAAUGGUGAGUGAGUACACUUCAGUUGCUCCUGAGGGAUGAUGGCAAGGCCAGAGGCUUGCAGCUCACAAACCUGCAAGGAAAUGUGGUUUCUGUUUUAUUUUUUUCUGUCCCCAGCAAAGGAUGCUUCAGGGAAGCAGCCUUUUAAGGAUCUGGGUUGUGUGUUUAUGCAUUUUGGGGUUGUUAUUUGUCCAGGAAGAUCAGCAUUCAUUGUUUUUCUCCUUGCAGGGCCUCUCUGGGCCAGCUGGGGUGCCUUUACUUUUCAUGGAUCUCUGACAUCCAGGAAGAUAAGUGGGAGGCUGUGACACUGAUAUUGAGGAGAGGAUGGAAUUUGACUAUUAGAGAAAGGCUAAUCCAAACUUCAUUUCCUUUGAGCCUGGUGACAAGGAGCCUGUUUGCCCCACCUCGUUCUUUGUAACUUGUGGGAGAGUACAUGGAAAGCACUCUCUGCGUGGCUGGUCUGUGUCAAGGGUCUGUGACUCUUGCCUUGCUAACCCCUCGCCCUCCACACCCGGCCAGAUUGGGGUUUUUUUUGUCUCACACUGAGCUCGAGGGUUUCUGUGGCCUGUGAAAUCACAGUACUUUUCAGAGGCUGCAGCCUGCACUGAGAGAUGAUCUGCCGCGGUGAGCCCAGAAGACCGAGGGCUGGCGUGAGAGUCUCUGAGAUCAUGUUGCACAACUCAGCAUGACUGGCAGCCACAAAAGGCAAGGAAGGGCUGUAAUCAGAUUAGAUGGGCUGACAAAACUGGAUGCCGGAGACUCAUGUCGUGAGCAAGGCAACAAAAAAAAAGCAAAAAAGAAAAGAAAAGAAAAAAGUAAGGAGUUGCAGGUUAGAUAAGCUGGUGGUGCUGAAACCUGGCAGCUAUUUGUUUAGGGAAUAGCAGGGUUUGGUAGGAAUGUUAGAUGGGAGAUAAUUGCUAGCCAGCCACAGAAACCCAGUUGGUUGCCUGGAAAGUGGCUUUAGCCUUUGUUUGCCCUGGAUGGGGGAUCCUAUGUGGAAUUUCUGUGUGGGAUCAGCUUGUAGGAGCCUUUGGAGAGAAGUCCAUGGUGUGGUUCAUGGAAAGAUUCCCUUUGACUAUGGUGACAACAUAGAGUCUUAUCCUAUUGUGCAGAGUUGGGGAAUCUGUGGCCUGUCAAACACUGUUAGACUUCAACACCCAUCAGCCUCAGCCAGUAUAACAAAUUGUCAGGGAUGAUGGGAGCUGUAGUCCAACAGAGGUUCCCCAUCCUUUCUAUAAUGUGGAUUCAAAUAGAAAUAUCAGAUACUGACCCCAGAGAUGGUACCCACAUUACUGUUUACUGUGGCCCACCACUGGUGCUUGAAGCUGCGUAUACAAGGCAUUUGUCACAAUCCACAUCUAUAUCCUGUCACUUUUUCUUGAGAAAUACUGCUCCUUGGUGCAUUUCCCUUCAAACCAGUGCCAUCCAAUUGGAAAACAUAAGCUACAUUCAUUUCACGGUUAAGCUGAGGUGUGUACAGCUGUUGCACAUGUGCAGAUGACAGCUUCAUGAGUUCAGGGUGGUGGUGGUUUGCAGGCAUGGGGAAACCAAACAGGCAAUGGCUAUCAAGUGAAGACAUCCCUGCCCCUUCACGGCUGUGUACAGCAGAAUCCAGUAUGGGGGUGUGUGUGUGCUAAUGCGUGCAUAAUCUAUGUGUCCUGGAAGUUUCCCACUGCCAUGUAAUAUUAAGCUGAAUUCAACCCUGUUUCUGUAGAAACUGUUGUGGGUUUUCAAGAAGGAAUGGCUGCUCACGUUCUCAUAUGGGGAGUUGUUUUGUCUCGCCUGACAUCUGUCAGGCGUAUCCCAUCAGCAUCCUGCUUCCAUUAGUCCUUUUCAGAUUUGUGUGAUCUGAAAGACCUAGACUGAGGUUCCAGUAUGAGGAACCUUGUAUGUGCCACACAGCAAUGGCGUAGGCAAAGGACACCACCAACAUCUGUAUGCGGUUGGCUCGACUAGACUGUGGCACUGUGGCAAGGCUGGUCUCUGUGCCACAUCCGGAUGGUCCUUGGGAUGGGAGUCUCGAGUUGAGGGAUGGGGAACCUUUGUCAGCCUGAGAGCCACAUUUCCUUCAGUGGCAGGUGGUGCCAGAGGCAAAGGCAGGCAGAGCAAUGAUUGGCUAGUGUUUACAUAUACCGUACUCAGACAAGCCAAAGAGGUGUUAUCAGAGUUCUUCAAAGGACACAUUCUGGUCAGGCAAAAAUAGGGAGGGUGCAAAGCAGGGCAGGUGAGGGGUGAGGCUCAAGAGGGUAUUGUGACAGCAGAAAGAAUUAGAGGCCAAAUAGAAAGGCCUGAAGGGCCACACUUGACCCACUCCACCCCUGCUCUAGGUCUUGUGUGUGGCCCUUUGGUGCCAUUAUACAAGUAAUGUUACACUUUGAACACCAUUUCUGAUUGAACCAGGAAUGUCCUACUUUUCCAUUCUCUUCCCCUCCAUGUCUCAGAGAGCAAUUAAAGUGGUGUGUGUAUAUGUGUGUGUGUGCAAAAACGGAGUGCUGCUUAUACUGAAAAUAAAUUACCUGCAUCAAAUGAAGGAAAUGGUGGAGCGCAUACAAAGCCCCUUCCUAUAAUUCUGAAGGAAAAGGUCACCAGUCCGUUUUAAAUCGUUUAAUUAAAAUGCUUCAGCAGCCAGCCUUUUUUUAGAAAACACAUGGGGCGUUUAUUCCUUUAUUGUAAAUGGAGCCUUACACUGCAAGCCUUUACAUGUCUACUCAGAAGUAAGUCCCACUGUAUUCAAAGGAGCUUACUCCCAGGUAAAUGGGUAACGACUGGGCAACCCUAAGCAUUUUUAAUCAGAAUUAAAUCCCACUGAGUUCAAUAGGAUUUACUCUCUGGUAUGUUCCUGAUCAUUCUCACAGUUUUUCCUCCUCCUCCUCCUCCUCCUCUUCUUCUUCUUCUUUCCCACCUUUUCCCUGACAGGGACUCAAAGCAGUGUACUGCUGAAAUGUUAUUUCAGUUCCAUUUAUCAGUUGAAGGUGUACACAGUCCCCUCCCUCACAUAUUUUUUUUCUUUACAACAAUCCUGUGAGGUAAGUUAGGCUGAGAGGUUGCAAUUGGCUCAAGGUGACAGAUGUAUAUGUGUAUAAGACGUCUAUGUGUGCUGGAGAUCAAACGCGGGAGAAGCUUCCUGAUGUAGAAUAGAAUGUCCCUAUUUUCAUCUGAGGAAAUGUUGGACGGUAUGGAAUAGUAUUGGCCCUGGGCCAUUCCUCCUGGGGUGCAUCUGGGAAUAAGGUGGGCCUACAGCUUACUUGGGACGCGGGUGGCGCUGUGGGUAAAACCUCAGUGCCUAGGACUUGCCGAUCGUAUGGUCGGCGGUUCGAAUCCCCGCAGCGGGGUGAGCUCCCGUCUUUCGGUCCCAGCUCCUGCCCACCUAGCAGUUCGAAAGCAAGUCAAAGUGCAAGUAGAUAAAUAGGUACCGCUUUAUAGCGGGAAGGUAAACAGUGUUUCCGUGUGCUGCGCUGGUGCUGGCUCGCCAGAGCAGCUUCGUCACACUGGCCACGUGACCCGGAAGUGUCUUCGGACGGCGCCGGCUCCCAGCCUCUUGAGCGAGAUGAGCGCGCAACCCUAGAGUCGGACACGACUGGCCCGUACGGGCAGGGGUACCUUUACCUUACAGCUUACUUUAUCCCAAAGGCAGCUGGGUCCAGGGGUGGUAGUGGUAGGCUCCUGCUCUCGUGUAGGUCAGCACCUCCUUCCCACCUAUCUUACAUUGCUUACAGCGAGUUCUGACCACGACAGAGUUUCACAACAGCACAGGAGAUUGGAUGCGGCACAGUUUGGCACUUGUCCUGAGGUUGGAAGCUUUCUGGUAGCAGACGGCUGUCUUGCAUCUGCUGUGUGCAGCAGAAUGUCCUGGAAGGCUGUCUGAUGCUGGAGCAGAGGCUGCCUCCGUCCCCAGCGGUACUGGCCCUGCUGCAUUCUGCAUUCCCUAAGAACUCUUUUGACCACUCUCAUCCUUCUCUUGCAGGGCCUGGCUGUGUCAGAUGGGGGUAAGUAGGCCGUCUGUCUUUGGGAAGGGUGCUGGGCAUGUGGGAAGGUUAAAGACCUGACCAUGACAGCAGGGCUCACUGGCUAGUAGGGGUGGAGCAGUGCAAAGGUUGGUAAACUCUACAAGCAACAGGAAGACCUGCUCACACUCACUCACAUUGGCGUUCUGAAUUACAUAAAACAGCUCCAGGCAACUAGAUGGUGAAACAAACGUUGCCCAAAAUAUCUCUCAGGAUAUUCUGCCAGGAAACAGACUGGCCACUUCCAGCUCUAACAUUUAUCAGCUGGUAUACAGAGGCCAGAGAUUUGUUGCUGGGCCAACCCCUUCAUUAUGUGGAGUUAGGUGUCUACCUCAGAAGGAUGCUGGGGGUAGAGGAAGAGAUGAGGAAGUAUUGGAUGACAGGACUGCUUAUGCCACACAGCAUGGCCUGCACCUCCUACACUAGCCUGCUGUCCUCAGGCGCAGUGGAGGAUGCCAUCUUGUUGAAAUAAUAUUCAGUUGCCACUCCAGUUGGUUUCUGUAUGUCUGGAGUAGCAAACCUUUGGCCCUCCAGAUGCUGCCAAACUACAAGUCCCAUCAGCCCCAGCAAUCAUGACCAGUUGCCUGGGAUGAUGGAAGUUGUAGUUCAGCCACAUCUGGAGAGCCAAAGGUUGUCAUCUAGACCUCUCCCUCAGGUAGCCAAGUUGGGCAGACCCCCAACUCAGUGUCACUCUAGGGCUUGGGAAGGACCUGAAAUCUCUCUCUGUUCACAGAGUUAAACAGCUCGGGGGCUCGGGGCAGUAAUAACAGUGUGGACAGUCUGCCAAGCACCCAGAACGCUUCUCCUUCUUCGGGGCAAUGUGUAGCACGGUGGGCAGAAUCCUUUGAGACACUACUGCAGGACCGACUUGGUGUGGCCUACUUUACUGUGAGUAAGACACAGCACUUCUGUUUAUCAUGAUCUCCCUCCAACCCAGGGCAGGACAUGGUCAGUCCAUGGGGCUUAUUUGGCCUCAGGGGUGUAGCUAGCUGGGGGCACCGCAGUGAUCCACCCAGGAGGGUGCCGCGGCAAGCUGCCCACGGAGUCCACCUGGCGGACGCAAGCCCCAUGCUGCCGUUUGGGGCGGCGCAGGGCCCUGAGCCACCACGUCACUCCCAGGAGAGACACAUGGCUCAGGCGCGCUGCAGGCCAGGCCCCGCGGUAUGUGCUGCCCCCCGCGGUGCGCCAUUUUGUCACCCCCUCAGGGAUGACGCCCGGGGCACACUGCACCCCCCGCACCCUCCUUCCUACGUCCCUUUCUGGCCUGCUAAGCCUUCUCUAGUGGCCUGCCAGCCUCUGGCCCAAUUUUCUGGUGGCUGCCACUGGGGCAAAAGCAUGCAGAAUCAAGCAAGGGUGGUGCAUUUCCCCUCCCCACCAUGGUGUGGUGCUAUGUGGAGAGGGGGAAGCCUCUCCACCCAGCCCAGUGCCACAAAGGGGACAAAAUGGCUCCUUCUCUGCUAAUUAGAUUGACCACCUGAAGAGUAGAGAGAGUGGCGGGGGGGGGGUAUUUUCAUACUCAUUGCAGAGCGGGGGCAGGGUGGGGAGGCUCCCCCCAGUCCAGCUCCACAAUGGAGAAGGAAAUGGCUCACCCUUCCGUGAGAAGCAGAGGUACGCCCCCAGCCUCCCCGUGUAUGUGUGAGCCUGCAAUAGUAUGUGCCUGUCGUAGAGUAUACAUAAUGUUUUGCUUUGUGUUGCUUUGCAUUUGUUGUACCUGGCUGAAUGGUGCCUAGAUGAACUCUUUGAUCUACACAGGACACUAAAUUGUGAGAGUCCUGGGACAGAGGGAGGGUCAUCUUCAUCUCUACCCCCACCUCUUUUUAGGAGUUCCUGAAGAAGGAGUUUAGUGCUGAGAAUGUAUAUUUCUGGCAAGCCUGUGAACGGUUUCAGCAGAUCCCAGCUGGCAGCACCCAACAGGUAAGAGCACCACCAAGGCCAGACAACGCAGAUGAAACCCAAAACCAGCACAAAGCAGACUCUUUCUCUGCCUGGGGGGCUGAAAGGGAGCAGAUAUAAGCAAGUGUAGCUCAGUUUGUUCCUAAUUUGCCCUGAGUGGGAUAUUCAUAUUUAUUUUUUAACCACAAGGUUUAGAAACUGCAGUUUAUAAAAUGAAGACUUUUGUUUUGAGGAAGCUCAGUUCUGCACAAGAUGCAGGCAGCACAUUUAUCAUUGCUCAGAAAACACAUUGCCUGAUUUGGAAGAGGGGAUAUGCUAAGAAAUGUCAGGAUGACUCCUUGCCUCUCAGUUACACUACAUGAACUGUGCUUAAAAAUAAAACACUAAAGAAAUUCUGUACCCGAGGAAGCAAAAUUCUUGGCUGAAAAAAGCUGGAUUCAGCUACCUAGACACAUUGUGGAAAUUGGCUUUUUUGUAUACUUCCCUGCUUUCGUCACUAGUCAUAGGGAAGGGCAAGGAGCUAUGCAGCACAUUAAAAUACUUCCUUUUGAUGGCUCGGAAACAUUUUGAGUCUCCCUCUGGCUUUGGAGAUUUUACCAGGCAUGGGAAGGAAGGAAGGAAGGAAGGAUUCGCAUAAUGUUGAAUUUUGCAACCAAAUGAAUAGCAAUUUCAUACUUUUCUAGUAUUUGCAUACAAGCAUUGGUUGCAUGCAACCCUAUGACUAGAGGAACCCUGACGCUCUUCUCCUAUAGCCUACACUAAAGGAGACAAGAAGAGUGGCACAGAGAGCAGCUGUUACCUGUGGUAACGUCAUAACUCGUCUCAUCCCACAUUGCUUUCUCCAUAGCUGGCCCAGGAGGCGAGGAGGAUCUAUGAUGAGUUCCUGUCAAGACAUUCAGUCAGCCCGGUCAAUAUUGACAGGCAGGCCUGGAUUGGUGAGGAGAUGCUGGCCACCCCCACCCCUGACAUGUUUCACGUCCAACAACUCCAGGUGAGAACAGUCCGCCUUAGCUAGUCUAUGAGAUGUGGGCUUGUGUGGGAAUCUAGGAACACCACCUGCUGCUUCUCCAAUCAGUAAUGCGAAGCAUCGUUGCUGAAGUCUUCUGAGGUAACAGAAGGGAUGCAGCUCAGUAGCAGAAAAGCUGCUUUGCGUGUGGAAGGUCUCAGGCCCAAUCCUUGGCAUCUCCAGGUGCACCUGAAACCCUGGAGAGUUGCUGCCAGUCAGUGUUGACAAUACUGAGCUAGAUGAACCAGUGGUCUGACUCAGUAUAAGGCAGCUUCCUAUGUCCCUCUGAGGCGAUCCAAGUCCUGGAGGGCAUCCUGCUUCAGGGACAGUGAUGGGCACAUGACUAACCCAAGGCUUCUUGCUCCAGAUCUUCAACCUGAUGAAGUUUGACAGCUACGCACGCUUCGUCAAGUCUCCACUGUAUCAGGCAUGUGCGAAGGCCGAAAGCCAAGGGCAGCCCUUGCCAGAGCUGAGGCCUCACUCUCGAAGUGGCAGCCCCCCAAGCGACCAUGGCAAGGUACAGGGCCUCCUCUUGAACAGGACUGCAUGGGAAAGUUAGGGGGUGGCCUUUCCCCACUUCACUCCCCUAACCUGCUCCAGCAUGCCAUGAGCUGAUGCGCUCUCUGGCUUCCCCCUAGAAAACGAAACUAAAAGCAGGGAAAUCGCUGCCACUAGGAAUGGAGGAAGGUGGCAACUUAGGCAGCAGGAGCCCUCGGAGAUCCUUUCGGAGAGGGGACCGGAGGGAGCGUCACUGGGGAGGUGAGUCCAAAGCCGAUAGUUGGGACACCACAAUUGUUCAGGUGUCUCUGGGUGGCAUCAGGGUGGUUAAUAAAGUGCCCGAUCACCAUGGAUCACAUAUCCUCCAAAAACCUGCUGAUUCUCUGUCCUAGAGGAAAGAAAUGGCAGUGAAGGGCCGUCCCACUGGCGUGAGUCUCAAGGCUCUUUGAAUUCCUCGGCUAGCCUGGACCUGGGCUUCCUCUCAUCUUACGCCACCAACAGUUCCCAGACUGAGGCAAGUGCUUCUGGGACUUAUUUAGCCUGGGGUUUGGGGGGCCAGGGCAGUGAAAACCGACCUGUGCUGCUGUUGCCUACCCCAUCCUGCUCGGGUCACGCUCCCUUCCUUGCGCUAGUAGGCGUUUUGCUGUUGCUUGAUGUUCUGCCACGGCUGCUGCACGCUCUGUCCCGCCCAGCCCCCACGCAAUCUGUAAUGGGCUAUGUGACUAUGCAGUGUGGAGGAGUUCUCAACAAUGUGCAGUUCAGCUCUGCAAAUGCUCCUGGAAAGAGCUGCUGAGGCAGCUCCCAGUAUUUUCCGCAGCUGCAGAACCCUGGAACUGUUGAAAAGAUGUUGCUUAAAGCCAUAGGGAGUCCCAGCUGGUGGGGAGGCAAUCCUCCCCUCCUGAAUACAACGACCAGUGAAAGGAGAACAGGGAGUGACAUUAUCCUUAGGGAGAAGCAUUGCUAGAAAACCCUGCAGGAACAGCAGGGUGCUGAAUAUUGCCUGAUCUGCAUAACAUGAAUGUAAACUACAGAGUACAGACCUGUUCCGAUGGAACCAGCUUUUGGGGAGCAAAAUGAUGAUUUUUAUUUACUUAUUGUUUAGUAUAUGCACAUGCAUGUACAGCGUACAGUGGUACCUCGGGUUAGGUACUUAAUUCGUUCCGGAGGUCCGUACUUAACCUGAAACUGUUCUUAACCUGAAACUGUUCUUAGCCCCUUUAGCUAAUGGGGCCUCCUGCUGCUGCCGCACCGCCGGAGCACGAUUUCUGUUCUCAUCCUGAAGCAAAGUUCUUAACCUGAAGCACUAUUUCUGGGUUAGCGGAGUCUGUAACCUGAAGCAUAUGUAACCUGAGGUACCACUGUACUUGUUUCUUGGACAGUGGAUCAGAUCAGAUUUUUCUUUCGCUUUGAUAGAUAUUACACAUAAAUGCCAACAGACCAGGCAUGAUUCAGCACAGUUCACCAGGUUCAGUGGUGCUUAUUUGCAGGCAAAUGUGGUUAGCGCUACAGGCUUAGUCUGCAAGAGCGACAUGUAUGCAAAGGUCUGUGCACUGUAUUCAUAGCACCAGUGCCAGAUCUGCAGAAAGGGGGAGCUGUUGGACAUGAAAGCAAGAGUUGCGGACUUUAGGCUGCCAAACUGACACAUCUUAGAACCAGAAUUUUUUUUACACUUUUCUAUACGGUACCCAGAAUGAGAAAUGUAGAUUGCAAGAGCAGAAUUCUAAAAUGUAUUACUUCAAACUGUAGGUAGUAGGGAAGGAUCAUAUAUUUAAAUUGCUCCCCUGUUGUAGUUCCUGCAUGUAGCAAAACUAGCAUAUCAAUAGGGAGACUAAGAAAUGGGUCCUCAAAUGCAUGUUUGGGUUAAAAGUCGUUCCUGAGUCUGAAAAGGUUGAAGAUACCUGCUAUAUAGAACCUCCAUGUUCAGGAGUAGUAGAUCUGACAAUACUUUUUGCUGGGAAGCAGCAAUGCAUUGCUGCUUGCAGGACUCUUUGUGUUUGUAUGUUAUGAGCUUGUCUGAACAAUUAGAUUGACCGUGGUGGGAAACAGGAUACCAGACAGACUUUGGGUCUUAUCUAGCAGAGUUCUUCUUCUGCUAAACAUUUUCGCAAGAUGCAAAAUAUGGUUUACUAAAUAGAGGAAAGUUUAAAAAUAAUUUUAAAAAUGGCACCCAUUCGAAAAGCAGAAGAAGGGCAUUAUACCCCACCACCCCCUGCCACUUGUGUACAUUCUAGUAUUCUAUCUCCUCAUUCUCUAUAAUCCAUGGUGCAGCAACUAUAUUAUGUUUUGCACACAGGUGAGGGAUAAAUGAUGUACAGUUAUGUAUGAAAAUUCUGGGUAUGGCUAUUAUCAUUGGUACAUUUGUCCAGAAGCCCCAAAACACCCACAGAUAAUAUUAUAUAUCAGACCUUAGAAAUCAUCUGGUGUCCACCCUGAGCUUUUAUCCUAGUAGCUGAGCCAGCCAAAGAGUGAUGCUGAAUGUGUUGAUUUCUCCUUCCUCCAGAACAACAGGCAGAGCCUGACUGGCUCAGAACCUGACAGUCAGAACCAGCCUGUCAAGUACUGUUGUAUUUACCUUCCCGAUGGGACUGCCUCUCUGGCCCCUGUGCGCUCUGGACUCUCCAUCCAGGACAUGCUGGCUGGGAUUUGCCAGCGCCGGGGCCUCCACCUGCCUGAUGUCAAGAUCUAUCUUGUGGGGAAUGAAAAGGUAGGCCCAGCCUAUGGGAGGAAAAGGAAAAUAACUUCUGGAGGAAUGCCACGGCAGAAAUUUUAAGAGGAAGGGAUGCUGUGUGUGUGUAUUUCCAGGUCAAAUAUAGACGGAGACAGCAGCUGUAACCUCUUUCAAAGGGCAAAAACUGUCCAGUUGGUGGACAAUGCAGUAGCUUCCCUUGUGAGCUGUGAGUUCAGAAGUCCUUGCCUGAAAUUUCACCGCAGGUACAAACCCACCUGAGGCAAACCAACAUUCUCUCAGUCUCAAAAGCCAUGCACAACAAUUGCCCAUUUUAUAGGGUUGUUGUAAGAAUUACUGAGAUAAUGAAUGUACAGUAUUGUCCCAUAAGAUCGGCUAGUUGAAGGCUCAGAAUACUAAUGAUGGAUAAGACACUGAAGAUGGAUUGCUAGAGGCACCAAUAUGAGUUACACACUACCAUCAUCACUUUUCAAGGGACACCCACUAUUCUUCAAGUAUCUCCUUGAACCAGCUAAUUUUACCCCACAUAGCUGACAAGGAAAGAACUCAUAAUGGAAUUACUUUAGGUUCACUGCAGGGUGAAUCUUUCUUUUGCCCAGGGGUUGGGCCUCUUCAUAGUUUCAAUUCCUCUGAAAUUCAAAUACCUUCAAUGUUGUUCUUUGCAAAGUGCUGCCAGAGACAAAUAUUUACCUACCUAUCCACAGGUAAGCCCCAGAGAUCCACCCUGAUUGUAUAUCAAGUAUUUCAGAAGGCAUAUUUGCAUUAGGCAAAUAAUAUCCAGCUUAUAGCUGAUUACAGCGUGUGUACAUAUACUUAUAGGUCAUUCCUAAUGAAAUAAUCUCAGAAAGCUUCCUGGUACAAAAGAAAAAGAAAAAGCAACCUAUGCAUGUCUACUCAGAUGUAAGUUCCACUGAGGUUCAAGGGACUUUCUCCCAGGUAACUGUGUACUGUAUAGGAUUUCAGAAGGCUGCAAUCCUAAACACACUUAUUAGGUGAUACAUCUCUCUGAAGUAGGUUCUCAGUAAACAUGCUUAGAACUAUAUUUAAUACAGUAGUCAGCAUUUAAACAGCAUUUCUUGAGCAUUCGAAGUGCUGCACAUGGGCUAUCUCGAUAACCUUUGCAAUAACCUUAUAAGGUACACAGACAAAGGACCGAGGCUGACAGAUUGUCAGUACUGGUAGGGGCAAGAUUUGAACAAAGGACCCCCUCUGUCCUCAAGCCAGAAUACUACACUAGUAACCUCUCCGUUUGCAGAGAGUUGUCACUACCACCCGAGUGCACAAAUAAUCAAAUAAAAAAUAUGAUUCCAAAAUACUCAAAACAAUUGAAAAAUAAACUUGAUCAAGAGAAAGGCAUCUUGAAAGAUUAGUAGGCAUUGUUGAGGCGUCAUGAGGAAUGUUAGAAAGCGCUGAUGUUGCAACAAGACAUGUGUUGCAACAUAUGGAAAAUAACAGUGGUGUUCAUGGAUUCAUGCUAGGAGGCGAUUCAUACCCGAUGAUAAGAAAUGUUAACAAGCAAACAAAUGUAAACUAGGAAAAAGCCCUUAAUCACUAGGAUUGUUUUGUCUCAUAAUACGUAUCAUGCAGGAUUAUUAAAGCUAUUUUCCCAGACUUGCAUCCUUGGUCUCAUUAGCUUUUAAACUCAUGCACACCUGUGGCCUUAUUUUCUAGUUUUACUUCAAAUAUGUAGUGCUUUUCUUCUGGGGGGAUGCAGGUGUAUGCAUGCUCCUAAACACUUUGUGAAUCUAAAUUUGGCCUCAUUGAGGGGCAGUAUUUCAAUAUGAGUGGAACAAUGAGAGUACACCUAAACAUUUUUUUUAGAAAAAAGCACUGCGUAUACCCAUAUAUAUACAACAACACAUCCAUGUUUUAAUUUUUGCUGUAUUAAUAUGUCUGCCUUUGCUUGGUUUUUCACAGAAGCCGCUGGCACUGAACCAGGAGAGCUUAGUCCUGGUGGAUCAGGAGGUGAAGCUGGAGACCAGGGUCAGCUUUGAGUGAGUGUAAUCGCUGUAGACCCCUCCUGCUCUGCAUUGGCCAUGUAUUCUGUAGCUAACAGGCAGAAACUUUGCUAAAUCCCUCUUGACAUGGAGCCAGGGCUGUCUGCCCCAGGGAUGGGGGCCCGUCUUUAUUUGUGAAACAUAGGCAAACCCAACACCUCUCUGUCUACUGCUGUUCAUGCCACUUUUAUCUCUAUGCUGCUUUUACAUACCACACACACACGCACACACACACAAACACUGCUCAGAGCAGCUUACAACAAGGAGAACAGCAAUACAUCACAAAAUCAACAACUGCAAGAACAAUGUCAUAGUUGUUGUUGUUGUUGUUUAGUCGUUUGUUUAGUCGUGUCCGACUCUUCGUGACCCCAUGGACCAGAGCAUGCCAGGCCCUCCUGUCUUCUACUGCCUCCCGCAGUUGGGUCAAACUCAUGCUGGUAGCUUUGAGAACACUGUCCAACCAUCUCGUCCUCUGUCGUCCCCUUAUCCUUGUGCCCUCAAUCUUUCCCAACAUCAGGGUCUUUUCCAGGGAGUCUUCUCUUUUCAUGAGGUGGCCAAAGUAUUGGCGCCUCAGCUUCAUGACCUGUCCUUCCAGUGAGCACUCAGGGCUGAUUUCCUUCAGAAUGGAUAGGUUUGAUCUUCUUGCAGUCCAUGGGACUCUCAAGAGUCUCCUCCAGCACCAUAAUUCAAAAGCAUCAAUUCUUCGGCGAUCAGCCUUCUUUAUGGUUCAGCUCUCACUUCCAUACAUCACUACUGGGAAAACCAUAGCUUUAACUAUAUGGACCUUUGUUGGCAAGGUGAUGUCUCUGCGUAGCAGCAAUAAUAAAACAGUAUGCAAAAUGCAACUUUUCAGUACAAUGAAUGCAGGAACAUGACACCUCCUGACAGGGGCAAGAACAACAAAGGAGUUUGCACAGUUUUAUCUUAGUCCUGGAUGCUCUGGCUACUGUGGCUAAAUCCACUACAAAAUAGCUAGGAAUCAGGUUGUGCCAACCAAAUGUCAAGGCCUCAGCUUCCCCAAUGGGUGUGCUGCCCCUUUGGUAUCCCCAAUUCAGGCAGCAUUAAGGCUUUCAAAGGCAGAGGGGGUGGGUUAGGUGGAAGCACACCCCCCCAUUAUCUUCUUCACACUCCCUUGAGUCUGCCAUACAGGUACUGGUGGCCAAGUGAGUAGGCCAUACGUGUUGCAAGCCCCAGUCUGCAAAACUAUUAGGAGAUAGCACCCUCCCCCCAUCUGUGUGAACCUUGCUGUAUCACCAUGAACAUAGGUCAGGGCUCACAACUCCAGAACAGACUCUGCCUCUCAGACCCUAAAUCACAAGGGGUUCACAACAUUAGGAUUUCAUUCAAGACAACCUGCUUGAAUAUUCUUCUCCCUGCCCACUUUGCUGUGAUUCAUAUAUGGGCACAGUAUUAGGAAACUACCAUCCUUCCUGCACUGCUUUCCUAUGUGCUCAGUUUCUGUGACUUUGCCCAUGGGCUUCGAAUGGGGGAAUCAGAACUGUACUCUUUGGUUUCCUACCAUUAGGCAUCAGGAAGUGAGGGUUAUCCUUCACCUGGGGUAGAUUACUGGGGUGCACAAGUUAUGCAAGGUGGCAGUGCCAGAUGCAGUAUACUGUGCCCAUUGGGUAUAUUUCUGAUGUUUCUUCUCCUUAUAGGCUAGAAAUCAUGCCCCUGAAUAAGACAGUGUGCAUUCUGGCGAAAUCUACUAAGCAGCUGCGGGAGGCUUUGCAGCCCAUCGUGGAGAAGUACGGCCUGGAUCUCACACGAGUCCUGCUUCGACGGGUAAGAACGGUCUUUGAGGAAGUGAAACAGGACACAGAAAUGAAGUCUGGGUGACUCCAGUCCAGUGGUGGGGGACCUGUGGCCUUCCAGAUGUUGUUGGAUUCAAAGACCCAUAAACCCCAGCCAGUAUGGUAAAUGGUUAAGGAGUAUGGAACUUGGAGUUUCCUCCCUGCAGUUUUCCUCUCUGUGGGGUUAUGCUGGGGUCUGUAGGGAUGGAAUUUCUAGUUACAUUUGGAUCUUAAGCUUUCCCCCAGUUUUUUUUUAGCACCCCUUGCUCAGCACAUAGUGAAACUAUGGAAAUUGCUACCAUAAGUUGUAGUGAUGGCCACCAACUUGGAUGGCUCUAAAAGAGCAGACAAGAUAAGAGCUUCCUGUGUCUACUAGUCGUUGAAUACCAAUUGCCUCUGAGUACCAUUACUAGGAGUUCCUCGUUGUUGUGUUGUUGCACUCACGUUCCACUUAUGGGUGCAACCUGAUUGGCAACUGGGAGAAUAGGAAGCUGGGCUAGAUGGGCUUAUGGUCUGAUCCAGCAGGGCUCUUUUACAUUCUUAUUAGGGACAAUGCUUUCCCCUUCUAGUUAAGCAGGAGCAAGUGAAGUGACAGGCCAGGAGAGACUGGUACCCAGACUAGAGUCCAUGGUAAUGUUCUGUUCCAGCUAAAUGCAGGCCAUUCAUAGGUCCAGCAGCUCUCCAGGCUAGAGAGGGAUCCCCCGUGUCUCAGACACCAUUAAUUCUUUUUGUGGGUUGGUGGGCUACAGCACAUGGCUAUUUCUGUUCAGCUUCUUUUUGGAAAGCUGCCCACUCUAGCAGCAUGUAUACAGUUCUGGUUCAUCCACCCUGACAUGAACUCCUUGCCUUGCUGUGUCUCUAACUCUGCUCUCCUGCUGCAGCCUGGUGAGGCCCAAGCUCUUAAUAUGGAAGAGAAAGUGACCACUGUGGCUUCUCAGAAGCUUGUGCUGGAGUCAGAUACAGGUAGGUGAAACUCAAAGGCACAUGUUGCGAAUAUCUUGACCUCCUCUUGACCUUGUUCACUUUUCAAUGGAUAGUUGGUAGAUGGCACUGUGCAGUACAGUAUUAGACAGGGAAGAAUGAAUACCAUGUGGAUCUAUGGGAGGGAGGGAGGCUGAUGCACAGGAUUGCCUUGUGUUUCCUGCCAGUGUUGAUGAGCAGACCGCUAAUUUUUGCACCUUCCACUCAAUGAGCCUGUUCAAUGUUGGUUGCAGAAUGGUGGUGAGGAAAUCAGCUCUCACUCACAGUGAACAGGCUAGAUGAAGAGCCAUUUGUCAUAAGCAGUGAGGCCACAGGCACAACCACAUGUCCCAGGGCAUUUAUGUGCUGUAGCACGGUGAUAUUUGUCAGGGGUGGGGGAUAAUACCAGAUUUCAUGCAGUGUCGCAUCCUGCUCCACAUUCGCUUUGAUCAACCACCUCUGUCUCGUAACUUUAUAGGUGGCCCACUAAAGUUGACGUUUUUUUCUGGCAGGGCUCCUUUCAUAGCUGUGUGAUAAGUGAAGAUUUUCUCCAGCAGGAAGCAGCAGGGAAGGGGAGAGUCCCCUGUUGAAUGGGCUCUCGUCAUACAGCUGCUGAAAACAUAGGAGUCGUGUCAGAAAAAGAGAAGGCAACAUUGCUACUUCCUCUCAUCUUGUACUCCAAACCCACAACUUCCCUAGUCCAUGACACAUUUGUAAACACAGCAUUUCCUUCUUUUUGCCAGUGUUCUUGCUAGCACAUGGAUCGACACUUGAAUCAUUUCAAGGACAGUCCAUUCAUGUUCUCUCAGCUCCCAGUUUAUAGGUUUCCAGCCUCUUCCAUGUUGUCUCUUCCAGGAAAUCCUGAUCCAUUCUCCAUCAUGUCUUAUUCUCAGCCUUCGUUCCAGCCAUUCUCCCAUUGUUGUCAGAGCUUAAGGUCUGACUCUUUGUUCUGCUGUCCCUCCAGGAUAUUUAAUAUCCAUGUGCUUUAUUGCAGAAGGGAAACCUCUUGGUGUGAGAAAUUCUGCAAUAAGCCCUUCUCGUGAGCUGAGUGAGGUGAGUCUUGGCCAUGGGUUGUAUUACCUUAGCUGGGGCAAUUACAUGACAGAAUGCUGCUCCAUUUUUAUUUUUAGAAACAAAGCCUUCCUGCAUGUAGAUCUCAGUGAGAAAAGUUUUGGCCUAGCAGUAUUCCUGAUAAUACUAGUUUUGUAUGUCCAGAGAUGUUUUUCUGCCCCCCAUCCCACCAGCCAUGCAUAUCACCUUGUUUUGGUUUUGCUAGGCUUAUGUCAUGGUGCUUAGGUAGGUACCGGGUUGGCAAUUUUUGGCUCUGGUUAUAAUCGUGCCUUCUCUCACUGUGGUUCCAGGAUGACAGCUCUGUAGAGACAGAAUCUGAAUCUGAUUCAUUCAGUGAGGGGUCCUGUUCCUACACUAAGCCUCCUAGGAGCAAACAGAAUAGACGCACGUAUGACUUGGAAGGUAAAUCUUCUCUGAUGUUACUUGUCAGAUAGAGAGGGGAGGUAAAUAAGAUGCUUAUUACUGACUAGGAAGCAAGCAAUGCAGUCCCAGGGAAUUAAAGGGUGCUAUGUCAGUCUGCAUACAUGUUGACAUGUUUAUUUCUGUAAAUGCAUUCAAUUUUCAACCUCACUACUUUGUUGUUGUUGUUGUUGUUAAUAAUAAUAAUAAUAAUAAUAAUAAUAAUAAUAAUAAUAAUAUAUUACUUAUACCCCACCCAUCAGGCUGGACCUCCCCAGCCAUUUUGGGCAGCUUCCAACAGGAUAUUAAAAACACAACAAAAAAAUCAAACAUUAAAAACUUCCCUAAACAGGGUUGCCUUCAGGUGUCUUCCAAAAGUCAGAUAGUUGUUUAUUUCCUUGACAUCUGGUGGGAGGGUGUUCCACAGGGUGGGCACCACUGCCGAGAAGGCCCUCUGCCUGGAUUAUUGGCCAUUUUUUAAAGAAAGGUUUAAAUGUGAAGAAGGCUGUUGAAUAGAAAGGUGACAGCUAGUAUAAUAAAUUAUUGUUAGGCCGCCAGAACUACAGCAAAUUCCUUCUCUCUCGCCUCUCAGGGCUCGUGGAUCUGCUGAACCGGGCACAGAGCUGCAGAGUCAAUGACCAGCGUGGCCUCCUGUCCAAAGAGGAUCUAGAACUACCUGACUUCCUUCAGCUGCCUGAACAAGAUGGUGUCUCCAGCAAGACCAGCUCCUCAUCCAGCCCAGCCCCUGAGAAAAAGUCCACAUCUGAGGCCCCCAGUGCUGAGGCAGCCACCGUCUCUCAGUGUCAGGCCCAGAAGAAGCAGUUGGUAUCUCAGGCUUCCCUUUCAAAGCCGCCUACGGGAACUCCAUCAUCAGCAGGUCCUGCUGGGAAACCUUCAGCCAUGUGACCUCCUCCAUGACCAGCCAUACUAGUCCCUUCCAGGAGGCCUAGUCAACCUCAUGUUCCUUGCAGUGAGGUCAGGUCCCUCCUGUUCAGUAUAUGUUGUGGUACCAUGUUCUGCCUCACAGAGACUCCUCCCCUCUCAUAGGAAUAUGGUCCGAGGCCUGGCUACAGCCUGCAGCCACCUCUAGGGACCCCCAGCCUGUCUUCCAGGAAUAGAAACGUGUCCUCCUAAUGUUCUGGCUGACUCUCCUCCCUUGGAACUGCCCAUGCUGGCUGGGCAGGAAAAUGCCAGUCUUGCUCACUUGCUGUACCAGACCGUCGUACGGUGUUGCUCUGUGUUGUGAAACAGCUGCCCAUGGCUGCCCCAGCAGCAACCGCAUCUCUGUGGCAGGUGGUGAUGACGCCUGUAUAUAGUUUGUAAUUUUCAGUCUUUGUAAAAUGUAAGAUAACACUGUUGCUUAA